CCUCAGUGCAACAUAAACAACAGCGUUAAGUGUCGAGGCUAGGGGGCUGCUUAGUUUGUAACCGCCGACACUAAAACAUGGCAAAGAAAGCGGAGGUUUCCGGGAAUUAAUUGGUGUAAUUAUGGUAAUUAUGUGAAAUGAACAUAUUUGUUUGCUCCAUCCUUAGAUCUUGAUCUGUGUCCACCAUGUCGUCGCGCGUGUUGCUGCGCCAGCAGCUGAUGCGAGAGCAAGCCCAGGAGCAGGAGCGGCGCGAGGCCCAGCAGCAGGCCUCCGCCUCCCAGCUCAGAGGCUCCGACUCCACGCCAGCCAUCUCCGUCUCCCUGCCGCCCAAUGCCGCUCGGCCCCCACCGGCACAGGUGCCUGUGGAGGUGCUAAAAGUGCAGACUCACUUGGAGAACCCAACCAAGUACCACAUCCAGCAGGCCCAGAGGCAGCAGGUGAAGCAGUACCUCUCCACCACUUUGGGGAACAAGGCGGUCACGCAGUCGCUCGGCGUGUCCCCCGUGCACCAGUCCAGUUCGGCCCCCGAAGUCGGCCCCUCCGCCAGCAGCGCCCCCAACAGCCCCAUGGCUCUGCUGAACAUCGGCUCGAACAAGGAGGAAAUCGAUGAUGUGAUCGACGACAUCAUCAGUCUCGAAUCCAGCUUCAACGACGACAUCAUCACCUUGAUCGACUCAGGUCUUCAGCUGCCCAGCACGCUCCCGGGAAAUCUGCUGGAUGUUUACCACAGCCCUGGAAUGGCAGCUCCUACUCUCACUGUCAGCAACUCCUGCCCUGCUGACCUUCCACAGAUCAAAAGGGAAAUUACCGGUACAGAGCCUGCUUGCAUUGACUUCUGUCUGCGUCGUUAUGAAACUUUAUUUAACAUGUCUGAUUCCAUUACAAAACGUUCAACUCCUCUUUCAGACACCGACACCAAAGCAUUAUUGAAGGAAAGGCAGAAGAAAGACAAUCACAACCUCAUCGAGCGGAGGCGACGAUUCAACAUAAACGACCGAAUAAAGGAGCUGGGUACUCUGAUCCCCAAGUCGAGUGACCCGGAGAUGCGUUGGAAUAAAGGCACCAUCCUGAAGGCCUCUGUGGACUACAUCAGGAAGCUGCAGAAGGAGCAGCAGAGAGCCAAGGAUGUCGAAAUGCGCCAGAAGAAGCUGGAGCAGGCCAACCACAUUCUAAUGUUGCGCAUCCAGGAACUUGAAAUGCAGGCACGACUCCACGGACUGCCAGCCGCCCAGCAGCAGGCGGCGGUGGCAGUGCCCCACGCUGCCCAGAACCCCGGUGCCGCCACCACCCUGAACCUCUCGGCUCUGGGCGCGAUAGCACAGCCGCUGCCGGCCUCCUUCCUCUCCCCGCCCUCCUCUGACUCCCCCGCCGGCGUCACCAUCAGCAGUCCGCUGGACCUCGGCAGCCUGAGCUUCGCCGAGCUGGACGACCCCACCGCCUCGGCGCUCUACCCAGACGUGGGCCUGGGGGACAUUCUCAUGGACGACGGGUGCGCCCUGUCCCCGGAGAGGAUGGGCGAGCCACUGUUCUCCCCACUGUCACCAGGUGCCUCUAAAACCAGCAGCCGCAGGAGCAGCCUUGAAAUGGACGAGGACUUGUGAUGGGUUUCCAUAGCGAUCAGAGAUGAUCUAGGAAGUGCAGUCUAUCCCUAAUAACUAAAGUCUAUUUGUAGGACUGAAAAGAAAAACGUUCAAAGCUAUCAUGGAAAACUAACUUAAUAUUGAAUCAGAUGAUUAAUUAUUGAAUUUAUUUUUGUUUUUGCCAUAAAUAUUGUUCCUAUUGGGAACAGCUCAAAUGAUUGUCUAAGUUUAUAAAUGCAAUCUUAUUAAAUGGAAUAUUAUAUAUUAGUGAAGUGGACCUUUAGCAUUAAGAAAUUCAGUAGUUCUUAAGACGAAUUCAGAGAUUUAAAAGGGACGUCUUGCUUUUAUUUUUUUCAAAAUUUAUUAUGAUGAUGACAAAAGCUGUGAGGAUUCACCGGCAUAGCAAACAUACUAAGAGAUGCCAACAAUUCAGUAUGACUUUUAAUUUUAAUUUUUGUUUCUUCAACUGACUGGAAUCAGGGUUCGUCGUUCGCUCCUGUUGGUUGUCUCACCAGCAGCUACAGAAGGGAUCUUUUAUCAGGGGUGUCCAAAGUCGGUCCUGGAGGGCCGGCAUCCUGCAUGUUUUAGUUCUCUCCCUAGUGGUAGUAACAAACUCCUCAGCAAGUCAAUGUUCUCCUUGGCCUUCUAACUAGCCAUCAUUUAAUGCAGGUGUGCUAAACCAGGGAGAGAACUAAAACAUGCAGGAUGCCGGACCUCGAGGACCGACUUUGGACCCUGUUUUAAAUGAAUUGGCACAUUGUGAAAUAUUUACUGCAUUUUGUACAUAAGAGUAUUUUAUUUUGAGCAAUUUUAUUGCACCUUACUUUAAGGCAGUCUAUGCAUUUUAUGAGAGCUUUUUGGUUUUGUUUUUUUUAGUACUUUACACCCAGUGGUCUGCUUCUAGGCCCGGUCGCAUGUUCUCGAGAUGAUAAUAAAGCCGUACAAGCAGCUGGUUUAGCCAAAGCAGGAUUUGUUCCGUUUUAUUUUUUGAGUUGAUUUACUUAGUAAACGCAUGAGUGUCUGAGAAGAGAACAAUUUUCCAACAGUACUGUAGCUCAUAACUUUUUUUUUUUUAUACCUGAUAGUUUGAUAAAUGCUUUUUCAUGACUAAUAUCUAUUUUUGUCUUUUCCUUUUAACCUUCUGUGAUCACUGAAUGACGUUCACCAGUUGGCAUGUUUUACUCCGAUUGUUUUACUUUGCGAUAUCAUUUCUGAUCAUGCUUUAAUGUUGCUCGUUGUGUGUAUUACCGAGGGCUUUGACCCCCUUUAAAAAACAAUUAAUAGUUUAAUCUCAGAACUGAUUAAAAAAAUGGACGAUUAAGAAGAACCCACAGGUCAACUCUUCCGUAAAGUAGGCGCAAAUAUUAAGAAUUGUAAAUUUUUAGUUAUUUUUCUAACACCGACUUAGUUUUUCUGUUCAGUAUGCGGUUUGUAGCUCAUCGUUCAAAAGUUGGAGCUAAAUCUAUUUAAAGGCGCUCCACACCAAAUCACACUUCCUCGCCUUUUUUUUUUUUUUUUGCAUAUAUGCAACUAUUAUCUACAACAUGUAGAUAUGUGAGAGUUAAAACUGACUGUUAAACACAAACACGUGCGUGUUGUCCCCCUCUCAGUAAUUUGGCUUUUGUUAACAUUUUAACAAAUAAACGACUUUCUUCAA